AUGAACGUCACUCAGGUGUUGGAAAACACCCUGUCGCCAGAUGCGACGACGCGUACAAAUGCUGAGCAGCAGUUGCUUCACGCCGCUGAAGUCGACUUCGCUCAAUACCUCAUCACCCUGGGUCAAGAACUCGCAAAUGAAGAUUCCGCCUCUCACAUCCGAACCGCCGCCGGUAUCGCCCUAAAGAACGCCUUCACUUUCCGAGAUGUCGCCAAGCUGCGCGAAGUCCAGAACAAGUGGCUGCAACAGAUUAGCCCGGAGAUCAAGACGCAGGUCAAGGAACUUGGUCUGAAGACCCUCAACUCCAAGGAUGGCCGGGCCGGUCAAUCCGCCGCCCAGUUCAUCGUCUCCAUUGCCGCCAUCGAGCUGCCUCGGAACGAGUGGCCCGAAUUGAUGAACAUCCUGGUCCAGAAUGUCGCCUCCGGUUCCGACCAGCUCAAGCAGGCCUCGCUGAUCACCAUCGGUUUCAUCUGCGAGUCUCAGGAUGCUGAGCUCCGCGAGAGUCUCGCGGCUCACUCUAACGCUAUUUUGACCGCCGUGGUUCAGGGCGCCCGCCGGGAGGAGCCCAAUAUGGAUAUUCGUUUCGCCGCCAUCAAGGCCCUCAGUGACUCUGUCGACUUUGUGCGGUCCAACAUGGAGAAUGAGGGUGAACGGAACUACAUCAUGCAGGUUGUCUGCGAGGCCACGCAGGCCGAUGACCUCCGCAUUCAGGCCGGUGCCUUUGGUUGCCUGAACCGUAUCAUGGGCGCCUACUACGAGAAGAUGCGCUUCUACAUGGAGAAGGCGCUGUUUGGCCUGAGCAUUAUGGGUAUGAAGAGCGAAGAGGAGGACGUUGCCAAGCUGGCUAUUGAAUUCUGGUGCACGGUCUGUGAGGAGGAAAUCGCCAUCGAAGAUGACAACGUUGCGGCUCAAGCCGACGGUAUUGCCGACAUUCGCCCCUUCUUCGGCUUCGCUCGCGUUGCCUGCAGAGAAGUCGUGCCCGUCCUGUUGCAGUCCAUGUGCAGACAGGAUGAAGACGCCACCGAGGAAGAGUACAACGUCUCUCGUGCCGCCUACCAGGCUCUACAGCUCUACGCCCAGUGUGUCCAGGGCGACGUCAUUGCACCCGUCCUGGCCUUCGUUGAGGAGAACAUCCGCAGUGAAGAUUGGCGCCACCGGGAUGCUGCCGUUGCCGCCUUUGGCGCUAUCAUGGAUGGACCUGACCUUAAGAUCCUCGAACCCUUGAUCAAGCAGGCUCUCGGUGUCCUUAUCGGUAUGAUGGAGGACAGCUCGAUCCAAGUUCGUGAUUCGGCCGCCUAUGCCCUUGGUCGCGUGUGCGACUUUUGUUCGGAAACCCUUGACCCUGACGUGCAUUUACAACCCCUUAUCUCUUGCCUCUUCAACGGCCUUGCCAGCACCCCGAAGAUUGCCAGCUCUUGCUGUUGGGCAUUGAUGAAUGUCGCCGACCGCUUUGCCGGCGAUAUUGGAGCUCAGACCAACCCCCUGUCGAAGCAUUUCGAAGACAGCGUCAAGUCGCUCCUUGCCCUUACUGAGAGACAAGAUGCGGACAACCAGCUCCGUACUGCCGGAUACGAAGUCCUUAACUCUUUCGUUACCAACGCUGCGAAUGAUAGCCUUCCCAUGGUUGCGACUCUCUCUGAUGUCAUCAUCAAGCGCCUAGAGCACACUAUCCCCAUGCAGCAGCAGGUUGUGAGCGUUGAGGACCGUAUUACCCUCGAAGAGAUGCAGACCAGCUUGACUAGCGUCCUACUUGCGAUUGUGCAACGCCUCGAGACCGACGUUAGACCUCAGGCCGACCGCAUCAUGUACGUGAUGCUUGAGGUCCUGAAUACUGUUCCUCCCAAGUCCAGCGUGCCCGAUGUGGUCUUUGCGACCAUUGGUGCAAUUGCGAACGCUCUUGAAGAAGAGUUCGACAAAUACAUGGCCUCUUUCACUCCCUUCCUCUACAACGCUCUUGGCAAUCAGGAGGAGCCUGGUCUCUGUUCGAUGGCCAUUGGUCUGGUGAGCGACAUCGCUCGCGCUUUGAACGAGAAGGUCCAGCCUUACUGCGAUACGUUCAUGAACUACCUGCUCACCAACUUGAGAAGCUCUACCAACCAGCUCAAGCCUGCCAUUCUCGAGACGUUUGGUGAUAUCGCCCAGGCUAUCGGAACGCAAUUUGACACCUACUUGCCUGUCGUUGCUCAGGUGCUCCAGCAGGCUUCCAUUGUCACCGCUAGCGCCGACGUGACUGUGGAAAUGAUUGACUACAUCGUCUCUCUUCGUGAGGGCAUCAUGGAUGCCUGGGGUGGUAUCCUCCUUACCUACAAGGGCAAGCCACAGGUCACCCAGCUUCAGCCUUAUGUCGAGUCCAUUUUCCAGCUUCUGCACUUGAUUUCCCAGGACCUUGCUCGGAGCAGCGAGGGCCUCAUGAGAUCGUCCAUGGGCGUUCUUGGUGACCUGGCUGAGGCUUUCCCCAACGGCGAGUUUGCGGCUUUCUUCCGUAACGAUUGGGUUACUGCCCUUGUUCGCGACACCCGCCAGAACCGCGACUUCAGCCCGCGCACUAUUGACACUGCUCGUUGGACUCGCGAGCAGGUCAAGCGCCAAAUCAAUCUGUCCACUGCCGCUGCCAUGGCAUAA